CGGGCGCGAUCACGGUCCGGCGAGCGCCUGGGGCUCGGCGGAGCUGAAGACGCGUGGAGCUGUGCGGAAACUCGCGAGUUGUGCAGUGUACCUAUCAUAUAUGUUUUAAAAAUAAAUAUUAAACUUUGGUUGGAAUGAAGAAUGUCUCUUAAUCCACCUAUAUUUCUUGAAGAAAGUGAAGAAAAUAAUUCAGAAUUUGUGGAAACAAAACAGUUACAACCUACUUCCAUAGCUUUGGAAGAUCCCCUUCAGAACUUAUGCUUAGCAUCUCAAGAAGUUCUUCAAAAAGCUCAGCAAAGUGGGAGAUCAAAGUGUCUCAAAUGUGGCAGUUCAAGAAUGUUCUACUGCUAUACAUGUUACGUCCCAGUUGAAAAUGUACCUGUUGAACAGAUUCCACUUGUGAAGCUUCCAUUGAAGAUUGACAUCAUUAAACAUCCAAAUGAAACAGAUGGCAAAAGUACUGCUAUACAUGCAAAACUUUUAGCUCCUGAAUUUGUAAAUAUUUACACGUAUCCUUGUAUUCCAGAAUAUGAAGAAAAGGACCAUGAAGUUGCACUUGUUUUUCCUGGACCUCAGUCUGUCUCAAUAAAAGAUAUUUCUUUUCAUCUGCAAAAAAGGAUUCAAAAUAAGGUUAGAGGCAAAAAUGAUGACCUUGACAUACCAUCUUUUAAACGCAAGAAAACUGAAGAACAGGAAGGCUGUGAUUUGAAUGACAGCAAAUGCAAAGGGACAACACUGAAAAAAAUUAUAUUUAUAGAUAGCACCUGGAACCAAACAAACAAAAUAUUCACUGAUGAACGACUUCAAGAAUAUGAUGUAGCUGAGCCUCAGUUGGACAGGCAUGGAGACACUUCUGGAACAACAAUGUGAUGGUGGCUCAAGGAGAGCCCCAGAUCCAGUUCAAACUUGUAUUGGUUAGUGAUAAUGGUACUGGAAAAACUACAUUUGUGGAACAUCAUUUGACUGGUGAGUUUGAGAAGUGUGUAGCCACCUUAGGUGUUGGGUCCAUCCCCUCGUGCUCCAUACCAACAGAGGACCCAUUAAGUUCAACGUAGGGGAUACAGCUGGCCAGGGGAAAUUCAGUGGACUGAGAGAUGGCUAUUAUAUCCAAGCCCAGUGUGCCAUUAUAAUGUUUGAUGUAAUAUCAAGAGUUACUUAAAACAAUGUGCCUAACUGGCAUAGAGAUCUGGUAUGAGUAUGUGAAAACAUCCUCAUUGUGUUGUGUGGCAAUAAAGUAGAUAUUAAGGACAGGAAAGUGAAGGCAAAAUCGAUUGUCUUCCACUGAAAGAAGAAUCUUCAGUACUACAACAUUUCUGCCAAAAUAUAACUACAACUUUGAAAAGCCCUUCUUCUGGCUUGCUAGAAAGCUCAUGGCAGAUCCUAACUUGGAGUUGCCAUGCCUGCUCUUGCCCCACCAGAGGUUGUCAUGGACCCAGCUUUGGCAGCGUAGUAUGAGCAUGACUUAGAGGUUGCUCAGACAACUGCUCUCCCGAAUGAAGAUGAUGACCUGUGAGAAUGAGGCUGGAGCCCAGUGUCAGAAGUCUAGUUUUAUAGGUUGUCCUGUGAUGUCAGCAGUGUAGCGUGUGUGCCACUUUAUUAUCUAGCUAAGCAGAACAUGUGCUUCAUCUGUUGGAUGCUGAAGGAGAUGAAUGGGCUUCAGAGUGAAAGUGGCAGUUU